UUCGCUAUGUUUAAACUCGUUAAAACUCUUCUUUUGUGAAAAAUGUGAAAAUGUUUUUUAUAGCUGUUUUGUUGAAUUGAAAAUAUUUAACACAAAAUUUCAAAGCAAUUUAGCCAUUGUAGCAAUUCAAUUAAUUCAACCCUCAAUUUCUUGAUACUAAAAAAGUUGAAAUGGCUGCUGUAAUUCGAGUUAAACGAAGAAUAUUUGAUGAACCUGUGGAUAGUCUGGUUAUUAAUUGUAAAAGAAGGAAGACUGAUGACACAGACAGCGAAACCUCGGUAUCAGCGCUUAUCAAAUUAGCUACUACGCUCAAAAAUGAGAAUGAAAAUAUAUCUGCACACUUAUCUAAGAUUACUAAAGAAGAAGCAAAGAAAACAUUUAAAAGACAUAUCCCAAAUAUUACUACCAAACUUCGAAAUGAACAAAAAUUGCAAGCUCAAAAUAAUAGAUUUAAAGUAAUAAAUUGUUUUCGAACAUUAGAUGAUUCUAAAGAAGCUUCGAAUGGAGAGAAAAAUCAACUAACAGUGGUGGAUAUUGAACAAAAAAUGGAAGCAAAUAAUAUUUUUUUAUUAGAAUCUGAAACAAAGUUAACCACUAAUUAUGUAUAUGAUUUAUAUUAUAUGGAUGAAGUUGAUGAUAUGAUUUUGGAUAACAUGCUCAGUAUUCAUGAGGCCACUGAUGAUUUAGUAUUUGGAACAUUUCGGGAAGGUGGUUACAAGAGUUCAGAUGAUUAUGACACAGAUGACUCAAAUGAUGAGAAUAACUACAGAAAUGAUUAUCCUGAUUCCGAUAAUAGCAUAAAUGUAGGCGUUAUGAGAAAAGCCAUUGGAGAUCUGUCUUUAGGCGAAGAUCUCUCAAGUGAUGAAGGAGAAGGAUUUAUUUAUAGCGUGGAUAGCGAAGGAUUUGCUUUUGAAGGUGAUGUUGAUGAUGAUGAUAAACAGAGAUAUGGAGAAAAAUAUGCGCGAUAUAAAUCAAGGGUUCUUAAAGAAUUAAAUGACACUGAAACUGACAGUGACAAUGAAAGAGAGGAUUAUUAUGAUUGUUUGAAUUAUGAAGAAUCAGAUUAA